GUUUAUUGAUCGUCAAGGUAGACAUGUAAGUGUUCGAUAUCUCUUUAGUGGACACGGAAGUAUAAAGUAUAGCCAGCAUAGUUUAAACUCGUUCGGAAUAAGGUGAACUUAUAACGAGUCCACAUUGUUUGUCGUCCACGCGUUAAUCACCAUGGAGAAAGUGACUGUCUCUAAAUCGAUAGUUGAGAAGUUAAUGACCCUUCCAGGUGGGAUACAGUCAGUGGUAGAAAAACUCAAAAAGGAUGGGAUUCAGGUUCAAUUUGAUGGAUCUGAAACAUCGUCACUGGAGAUAGAAGCCGAACAAGAUAUUGCACAAAUCAUAGUGGAUAAUCUGGCAGCAAUGAGUGAUAUAAAAUGCCAGACAUUAAACAAAAGUGUAACAAACGGAAAGUUUUUCUGGUCAUUGAAAGGUCAAGAUUCUACACUUUUUCGCUAUCUGUUUGUGGAAGAGAAAAAUGCUAUGGAGAAGCUUGCAUCGAUAUCGGUCAAGACAGAAGAUGAAGUAACGACGAUAUCGUUUCCUUUGAAUGGUUACAAAGACAUAAAGACAACAAUCAAUAAAAUUGAGGCAGCGUUAUCAGCAUCCGUUAACCGGGAGAUCACUGUUGGUAAAAAGUUUUUACAGAAAGCCAAGGCAUUUGUAAGGAACGAAUAUUCAACAUUUGUUGCGUUUAUUGACAAUGACAAACUACGGAUAUUAAGUCGUUCGGAAAACGGGUGCAAAGAAGGACAACAGGCAUGGGAAGCUUGUUCAAAAGGCGAAUCAAUAAAACAAUAUGAAUUAAAUGAAAACAUUAAACACUCUUCUUCACCAGAGGCACAUUCCCACAAAGAUCUCAAUGAUUAUGAAAAAGAAGGCACGGCUGAAAAAGCUACCAACUUGGACAAUUCAGACAAAACAGAAGAAAAAAGUAUUGAAACCGAAGGUAAACAUUUAAAUCUACCAAGUGCUCCACCAGCUGAAGCGUCUUUUGGACAAUCUAAAAUACCUCGCAAGCAGGGCUUUACAAAAGGGAAAGGAGAUGAUGCAAAAUAUUGUUUCAUAAUGGGAAGACUGACGGUGUACGUUUACAAGAAGUCUAUAACGGAACUGGUUGAAAUUGAUGUUAUCGUAAAUGCUGCAAACGAACAUCUAGCUCACGGUGGUGGUGUUGCCUAUUAUAUAGCAAAGGCGGCUGGUAAAAAGAUAAAUGACGAAUGUCAACGUUUUAUUGCGAAUAAUAAGAAAGUAAAUGUAACCGAGAACUUUGUGUCUGGCGCAGGUGAUCUGAAAUACAAAGCAAUCAUCCAUGCAGUUGGUCCACAAUGGUACGAUUAUGAUGAUAGACGCGAUCACUGCACCAGGGAUUUACACAAUACCGUUGUCAACGCUCUGGAAGUCGCUGAACAUAGAGGCUGGGCCAGAAUUGCAUUACCGGCUAUAAGUUCAGACGCACAUCAGGUGUGGGUGGAAGAUCCGAGCAAACUGGAUUUUCAGAACGCCAAUCACUACGUCGCAGCGACUCCAGUCGCAAGUAAAAGUAUCCUGAAAAAGACGGCUUCCUCGACGUCUAAAGGCGGUCCAGCAAAGACUGUGCGAGACUUUGUAACCCUUCCAUGUAAUCAUCAACUAUGCAAGAAGUGCACAGACAAUAUCAAGAAGGUGAAGCCGCAAUGCCCUUUCUGCAGCAAAACCUUUGGCACAGUUACCGGUAACCAGCCCCCAGCAGAUAUGUACUUCCGCUCUAGCCCAUAUUCCUUACCUGGCUAUGACGAAUGUUCUAGGAUAGAAAUCGUGUACGAUGUUCCAGCCGGGAAACAAACCCCGGAGCAUCCCCGACCUGGCAGAUCGUACGAUGCCGUGAGGAGACGAGCUUUCCUGCCAGAUAACGAGGAAGGCAGGCGCGUGCUUCACUUGCUGAGGAGAGCGUUCGAUCGGCGUCUGAUCUUCACCAUUGGCGAAUCGAGGACGAGCGGAAUGGAAGGCGUAGUCACGUGGAAUGACAUUCACCACAAGACCCGACCUUACGGCGGACCAGAGGGAUUUGGCUACCCGGACCCUACGUAUCUGCAACGUGUGCAAGAGGAGUUGGCUGCCAAAGGGGUUAAUGAAUGAAUGCAUGAAUGAACGAGUGGCCAUCACCUGUCAUGCAAAGGACGGACGUAGACGUUUGUGCAUCGACUCCUGUUUAUGUUUAAAGCGGUCUAUACCUUAUUAAAUGAUAACGAUGAAAUUACGCAAUAUGUAUCUAUAAGAUAUAUAGCAAAUAUAUGAACAAUAAGAGGAGAAAUAGUGUAGAGAGGAUAUAACAUUGAACAACGCGUUACAUUCUCUAUGCCAUUUAAGUGAAAUCCUAAUGCUUAAUAUGUAGGACAUAAUAUUGAUAUCA